AUGGCCCCCAAGAAGAACAAGAGAACCGCCGACUCCAUCAACUCGCGCCUUGCGCUUGUGAUGAAGUCCGGUAAGGUCACCCUCGGCUACAAGUCCACCCUCAAGAGCCUCCGCACUGGCAAGGCCAAGCUCGUCAUCAUUGCCGGCAACACUCCUCCUCUGAGGAAGUCUGAGCUCGAGUACUACGCUAUGCUUUCCAAGACCUCUGUCCACCAUUUCUCUGGAAACAACAUUGAGCUUGGAACCGCUUGCGGAAAGCUCUUCCGUUGCUCCGUCAUGUCCAUCCUCGACGCUGGUGACUCUGACAUCCUGAGCACCAACACCGAGAACUAG